CAGACCAUUCCCGGAAUUGACCUGACAAAUAUUGACUGGGCUGCUGCGGUCUUCAACAUCGUUCUCCUAUGGGUCGGAGGUGAUGGGGUGCUGAAGACCGUGGCCCGAGCCCAGGAUCCUCGUGAGGAUGGGACCAGCGUGGCUGUGGCUGCUGGGAGCAGGGAUCCUGGCCUCUGCCCAGGGAGAUACAAGUCCAGGGACGCCCCAAGCCCUCAGCGGCCCACUCCCAGAGCCAGCACCCGCCUACCACCGAGUCACACCCACCAUCACCAGCUUCGCUCUGCGCUUGUAUAGGCAGCUGGCAGCAGGAGCCCCGGGAAACGUCGUCUUCUCCCCGGUGAGCAUCUCCACCACCCUGGCCCUGCUCUCCCUCGGGGUCCCCGCUGACACUUCGGCUCGGAUCCUGGAAGGCCUGGGCUUCAACCUCACGGAGACUCCGCAGGCCAGCAUCCACCAGGGCUUCCAGAGCCUCCUCCGCACCCUUGACCUGCCCAGUCCCAAACUGGAACUGAAGGUGGGCAAUUCCCUGUUCCUGGACAAGCAGCUGAAACCUCAGCAGCACUUUUUGGACGAGGUCAGGGAGCAGUACGGAGCUCUGGCUUUUUCCACCGACUUCACGGAUUCUGCGGCGGCCAGGAGGCACAUCAACGACUAUGUGAGAAAGCAAACCUACGGCCAGGUGGCCGACGGCCUCCAGGGGCUCAGCGAAGACACGCUGGUGGUUCUCCUGAACUACAUCUUCUUCAAAGCCAAGUGGAAGCAUCCUUUCCAUCGCUACCAGACCCCGAAGCAAAAGAGCUUCUUUGUGAACGAGAGGACCCCUCUCCGCACCCCCCUGAUGCACCAGAAGGAAAUGCACAGGUUCCUGUACGACCCGGAGAUGGCCUGCACCGUCCUCCAGAUAGAGUACAGCGGGAACGCGCUGGCCCUGCUGGUCCUCCCUGACCCGGGGAAGAUGGAGCAGGUGGAGGCCACGCUGCAGCCCAAGACCCUGAGAAAAUGGGGCCAGCUGCUCCGGCCCAGCCUGCUCGACUUGCACCUGCCAAGGUUUGCCAUCUCUGGAACGUACAACCUGGAAGAAAUCCUUUCCCACAUCGGUCUCACUGACAUAUUCAAGCUAGAAGCUGACUUAUCAGGAGUCGCUGGCCAGCCCAACAUAACCAUGUCCAGGGUGUCACACAAAGCAGCAAUGGGCAUGAGCGAGCGGGGAACCAAGGCAGGGGCUGCCUCGGGCCUCCUGUCCCGGCCGCAGGCUCUGAACAGGACAUCGGCCCCACAGGCCCAUUUCAACAGGCCUUUCCUGGUGCUGCUGUGGGAGGUGGCCACCCACAGCCUGCUCUUCCUGGGAAAAGUCGCCAACCCGGCUGCAGGGUGACACGUGGGAGGCCCAGGGCUGUCUCUCUCCCUGGCCAAACAGAAAGGCCAGCACCAGCCCGCACUGAGGGCUGAUGUGAGGACCAGUUCAUUGGGGCAACGAUCCUAAAUAAAGUUGACCUUGUGCUUGUGAA